UGAUUUUUGAGCUCCCUACCCUCUUCAGGAAGUGGAAAAAGUAUCGCUUCAACAGCAGGGGAGUGUUAUAACUGCUGCAAGGCACUUCCUGGUUUCAUGUACCGGGGUUUGUUUCUGCUCACAGGAGACAAAAGCAUUUGUGAACGGCUAUGGGUGUACUGACUCAGCUUUUGGUAUGUGGCCAACUAAUACUGGUUGUAUUGGCCGUAAACAUUGGAACUGAUCCUCAACGGAUCACUGAGUCACCAUCAUGGGGUAACGAGUCUCAAAUUAAUAUGGCUCCACCUCUGAAUGCAACCGGAAACUACACAGAAAACAAUGCCUCAAAUUCAUUGAGCAAUUCUGUGUACAAUUCUAGUGAUACAAAUGUCACCACAUACCAACAUACCGACUUCACCACCCAAAGCAAUGUAACAGUCAAAGCACCAACAAUAGAGCCAAACACAACGGCAAAUGCUCAGACAACACAAUCAACCAUGACUUCAACAGCCAUCACUUCUCUAAACAACAUCACUCAUAGCAGCAAUAAAAGUACUUCAUCAAACACAACACCAGCACCUAAACCAACAGAAAAUGCGGCCACCACUCUAAUUCCAAACAAUACAACUCUUUUCAAUGAAUCUCAAGGUGCUGGCAUGAAUCAUUCAGAGAAAUCUCUGACCAUUUUAUUCAGCAUUCUGCUUGGUGUAAUAGUUCUGAUAAUUCUGGGACUCUUUGUGUACAAGUCUGGUAGACGUAAUCAGAGAAGGAUCCAAUAUACUCAUCGCCGUCUCCAGAAUGAGGAUACAGGUGAGCAGUUUACAGUUCCAGAUGACACACUGGUCAUUUCAGGAGGACUUUACGAUGGCCCACAGAUUUACAACCCCACAAUGACAGUGCAGAAUGAGGAUGAAUUUCAAACAGACGAACCUGGACAUGCCUACAGACAUACUCAGUUCCGCUUGGAGUUUUUGCGAGAGGAUCAGAGAAGUGCACUUGAUCAUGAAUCCUCAACCUUUCAGACGUUCCAAGCAAAUGAUCGACAAUUACCUUGAUAUCUGAACUCAUCAACCAGCCUCUUUAUUUUAAAAAAAAAAAACAGAUGAAAAUGUUACUUUUACUUGAAGUACUUCUAUAGUACACAGAAAACGUAGUUUUUAGAUUAUUAAAUGAAGUUUUUGACAACUAAUGAAAUGGCUGAACAGAAAAAUUCAGUAGCUGAAAAACACAUGGAAUGCAAAUAAAUAAAUAAAGAAACAACAUUACCAGUAACAGCAUCUUUUUGAUGAACAUUGUAAAACAUUUUUUUAACAGAACAAACUAUGACAUGGAAGUGUACUGAGAACAUACUGUAGAACCAUGUCAUUGAAACAAGAUAGUCACUGUAAUAUUUUUGAUAAAAACUUUUUCAAGCAAAUAUUUUCUCUGUUAACUUUGUUUUCUUCUUAUCUGAACUGCUGACUGUGGUCCAUCCAGCAUCUCGCAUUCUCUUUAUUGCUGCAAGUUUCAGAGCUGUUCCUGGAGACUUGCAGGCACCAGAACUAUGCACCUGUACAACAUAAAAAUAAUAUUUUAACACAUGUUCUCAGUAUAAAUAAAAAUAAAAAUUUUACAAAUUCUGUAA